GUGAACACCUGGGAAUACCAUACUCGAGAUACGUGGACAGAAAUUGUCAGAAAAAUGACAACGAAUUAUUUAGAGCUGGAUAUUAAUAAACUGUUCGAGGAUUUCACGAUCAAAGAAAUCGAGGGGAUUCAGAAGAAGAUACAACAUGAAAGUGACAGGAAGAAAAUAGAGCUUAGAACUUUAGUUGGGGAAAGGUAUCGAGAUUUGAUAUUGGCUGCAGAUACAAUUGGGAACAUGAAAGUAACUUCGGAACGUGUUAUAUCGAGGAUCACUAACAUAGAAGACAAAUUUCGAGAAUUACAAAAGAAAUAUCUUAUUGGUUUCAAAAUGGAACCAGUUACGAACCAGACCGAUAGGAAGGUAGAGGGAAUUCAAGAUUCGGUUAUUAUUCAAAUAAAAAUUUUAAUGGAUAUACCGCAACAUAUUUGGUCCAGUAUCGAAAGCAAAAAUUUGUUAUUUGCCACUCAGUUGUACUUAGUAGCUCAACAUAUAAAUUACAGUUUGUUAUUCGAAGUGGGAACUACAGAGCUAUCGAAGAAAUAUCAAAUUGUUUCCAAACAGUGGGACAUAAUUAGUCAGUUCAAAAAUAUUAUAUUAAACGAAUGCUAUAAUAUAUUGCAAUCGUUGGAUGUACAGUCGGAGAGCAUAGCAAACUGUUUGGCGGCGCUCGUAUUGUUAAACGGAUCGUCGUUCUCGGAUUUAUUGGAAAUGUUAAUAUCUAUGCGGAAUCGUGCUAUUAAAUUCGUUGUUACGGACGAGAACGAUAGUAACGUUAAGAACAAAAUAAAAUUAUGCAUUGAAAUCUUAAUACAGACGGUCAAUUUAAUUUAUUCUUGUUUUAUACGCACCAACGAUAAAUCAGGAGGCCUCGUUUUACAGUAUAUAACAAAAAUUCAAGACCAUGAAGCACACUCGUUAUUGUCUCAGUUAGACUUCAAUCAAGAAUUAUUGCAGGAAUUUCUCCCGCCAGUAAUAAAACAGCAUAAACUAUUCGUUCAAAGCACUCCGGAAAAUUUCCUUUUGCCAGAUCUUCAAAAGAAUAUUAAAUCUUGGCUCGAAUGGGUCGCUGAAUUUUGCAACCUGGAGGUUGCAAAACUUUUAAAUCUAAUAGUAUCCAUAAAAGGUUUAUACUACGUUCGCGAGGAAGCCGUUAGUAUCAAUCUACCAGAAAAUUGGAAUUCAAUUUGGGAAGAACUUUCUCUACCGAGGAUAACAUUUUGGGUGGAAUUUUUUCAACCUAUCAUAUCGCAACGGGUGAAAAGUAUUAUAAACGACAAAUGGAUGGAAACUAUAGCUGCAUUGAAGUCUGACAUAGCAGAUUUGCUGAAGAAACUAGUUCACGACAAAUUCGAGUAUCCAGAGCAUGAUCUGCGGUGGUUCGUUUGGAAGGAUUCCCCGAGCGAUAUUCCCCAGAAGCUUACAAAAAAUGGCGGACCGGAUAACAGAAGAUCCUUAUUGAUGAAGACUAAAGGGUACUCGCCGAAUAUUCUCAAGUUGUGCGAAAGCUUCGACGCGAGUUUGCACGCUUUGCUUUCUGACCUCGAGCAAUACUUGUACGAGACCGAACGCGUAAUGUCUAUAAAAGAGAACUUAUUAUCGACGAACAUAUCGUUGAUUUCCGACACGUUCUCCGACCGCGUAGAAAUCCAGGAACACUUGCAAACGAUCAGCACCAGCAUGAUACAAGAUUUCAUAAGCUUCGUGAAGACGACAUGCGUUAACGAUAAACCGGAACAUGGUCAGCGUGAGAUAAAUACUAUCGUGAUGGCGAGAUUCCUCUUGGCAUUGACGACGUUGGGUUCGAACCUGAAUAAAUGUUUCACGCUUGCAAAGGUGCCCGGCUUGACUAUCACGAACAUGAAAUGGCAGUCGAUCUGCGACAAACUGAAAGAAGAGAGCAUUUCCGUGUGGGCGAGCUGGGCUGCCUCUUAUAAAACUAAAAUGAACGAACACAAACGCAAGUACAUAUCCAAAGAGCCGCUCGACGGUUUUCGAAUACACUUGGUCAUCUCGGAGUGGGAGAAAGUAACUAUCGAGGAAGACUCUGGGGAGGGUAAAAGGAUAAAGUCUGAAAUCUUGGUGCCCUAUCAGCCGUCCAUACAAUUGCAAAAGUUUCUAACCGCAGUUAGUAAAGAUUUAAAUAAAAUUAUACCACACACUCUUCCAAAAAAAGUGCUCCACGAAAUCAUAGAAGACGUUGCCGUAGAAUUGUUGAAUUAUUAUUUAACCGCGUUGAGCAAUGUGAACCUUUCACAGAAACAGGCUUUACAAGUAUUGUUUGAUAUCAAAUAUUGCACUCUGCUCAUGGUGCCACGAGAGAAUAAAACUUUGUCUGAUUUGUCAGCAAGGGCCUGCGACAGCGUACUGUCCAAAAUAGAUCCGUUCGAUUAUGAUGUAUUCAAUCCGUUCAUUCACACCAAUGUGAAGAAAAGCGCCCAGAGAUCUCUGCUCAUAUUGGGGAAUUUGGUACCGCAUUUGGAACAGCUCCAUUCAAUUUUGGGCGCACGAAGCGAGUACGGUAACAGCGAAGGUGUAAAAUUGGAUUUGCCUUCGGUGUUGGCUUUGUGCACCGGUGCACCAUGGUUUCCACCUUUGACCGUGACAGCUCCAGCCAGAAAUUUACCCCUAGUGUCCGUGACGUUGCCAGAAAAAGCACAGCGUAAAAAAGUCACGAACAAGGAAAACACGAAGAUCGAUUCCGCUGGUGCUACGAUCAAAUCCGGAGCGGCUGCAUUUUUCGGAGCAAUGGGCACCGACUGGUUUAGCAGUAGUUAAUUUAUUUAUUUAAUUCGCCGUUACGAACAUUGUAAAUAUAAUUAAAUGUAUAUAUACGUAAAUACUAGAUUUAUAUUAUGUAAAUAUCAUAUUAUCGACGAAGAUUGCCUU